ACUCCUAACCGCUUCCUUGUCCUGCAGCCACCAUGGAGGCCGAGGAGCAGCAGCGAGUGUCGGCUCUGGAGCGGUACAUGACCUCCCUGGCCGCCAUCAACCCCUCGUGGGGCGACCAGGACAAGCCUGAAGCCUCCGACAGCUUCAGCGAGCGACUUCAGCUGGAGUACUGUCCAACGAAGCGUCCUGAAGUCCUCCGAUCCUCCGGGAGUUUAUUCUCUUCUCCCGAGGAGCAGGACGAGAGACGCCCAAGGGAGGUGGUAGAGAUCCACUCGAGCCCCGGCUUCGGGAGGUACCUGGUGGCGUCGCGAAACAUCGCGGCCGGCGAGGUCGUGUUCCGCGAGGCGCCCUUGGUGGUGGCCCCCAAGGCGGGGUCCGGCGCCUCCUGUCUGGCAUGCCUGAGGUCCCUGCAGGGCAGCGAGUGGGCUGGCUGCCAGCAGUGCGGCGCCCCUCUCUGCGGGCGCGGGUGCGGGGGCGACGGGCACAGCCAGGAGGAGUGCCGACUCCUGGUCCCGCUGGGCCUCAAGGGUCAGCCUCAGAACACAGUCCUCAUCAAGCAGCUGAGCGUCCUCCUGACGCCCAUCAGGACGAUACUGCUGAUGAAGAAGGCGCCGCCCGUGAAGGAGGUCAUCGCCGCCCUGCAGAGCCACGCCGAGGAGAGGCGGAGGCUCCCCAUCGGCCGCUUCGUGGACGAGCACGUGGCGAAGGUGCUGCGGGCGCGCCUGGGCCUCCCCGUGGACAGCGACAUCGUGCAGCACCUGUGCGGCAUCUUCGACACCAACGCCUUCGAGAUCAGCGACGGCGACAUCCGCGGCCGCGCCCUCCUUCCCGGCGGCGCCCUCAUGAACCACUCGUGCUCGCCCAACACGCAGCACUGGUACAGGAACGGCGUCAUGACCGUGCGCGCCGUGGUGGACAUCCCCGAGGGCGCCCCCGUCACCAACACCUACACGAACAGCCUCUGGGGCACCCGCGCUCGAGCCGCCCACCUGAGCACCUCGAAGCUCUUCACGUGCGAGUGCGAGCGCUGCCUCGACCCCACGGAGCUGGGCUCGCACCUCAGCUCCGUCCUCUGCCGCGGCUGCGGCGGCGGCCUCAUGCUGCCUCCCGCGGACUGCCGCGCCGACUGGGAGUGCCCAGCCUGCGGCAAGAGUGUCUCCGCGGGCGCGAUAGAGACCCUGCUACGUGCCGGAGGCGCGGCUCUCGGGCGCCUGCCGAUCGGGGACGCCGCUGCCGUCGCUGCCGCCCUCGCCCACCUCCGUCGGCUCCUCGGGGACGCGCACUACAUCGUCGUGGAACUCAAGUACGCGCUCGUGCAGGCGCUCAUGGCGACCGCGCUCGAAGCUUUGACCGAGGAUGACCUGCUGAACGUGCUGGACUUGACCUCCGACCUCCUCCGGCUCGCUGACCUCCUAGAACCCGGUCUGUCUAGGUUCAGAGGUAUUUUGCUGUUGGAGCGCUGCAGGGCCGCCGUAGAGCUACUGCAGCGCCGCGGUGUGGCGGACUGUGACACUACGGCGGCGGCUUCGGCAGGGGGGACUCAGCUAAACAGUUCUCAGUCAGUUUAUUCUGUCCAAAAUGUCGAGGACGUGUCGAGGCAGCUGGAAGAAUGCGCUUUCAUCCUCCAUUACGAUUCCCGCCAUGAUGACGUCAUCGAGGUGAAGCAGCGGAUAACGAGCUUAAUUUCUUUCUGAGUUUAUAGAAAGAAAAGACAAUACCUGAGUUGUACAAUAAAGACAUAUAGAUUUUUUUUGACAUGUUGGUAAUGAUAGUGAAUUGCAUAAUUUUUUGUGAUGUUAUUUAGUUAUAAUAUAUUU